CGGCUGGUUUUGGAUGCCCAACGUUACUAUUUUAGGACGCGAAGAACGAGGAGGAUGAAAAGGAGGAGGGAAGAAGAAGAAGAAGAUAAAGAUAAAGAUGGAAUUACCGCAGGCGUGGAGGAUGAGGCUCUCCUUCAGGAACGCAACCGUAGCGGUGUGCUUCUUGAACGUUGUCGCCGCUCUUCUCUUGAUUCAGGGCUUCAUCUCUUCCGCCUCUUCCCGCAGCAAAAUAUCUGCUUCUCAGUUCAAUUCUGCUCAAUUCAGGUAUAUCAAGGAAUCUGAAGAGAUCCGUCUUGCUAUGCAACCCUUGGAACUGAUUAAAAGAGUGAGGGAAAUUGAGCAAGAAGUAUAUGCAGAACCAGAAACUGUCCAACAAAAAGAUACAAAGCAAACUGCUGCAGUUGAUCUUUCUAAAAGGUUAAAUGAUUUACGAUCCCUUAAUGAUGCUAGCAGCUUGAAAGCGCUCGAGGAAUGGCGGAAAAGGAAGAUGGAACGAGCCAGACAGCGAGAGCUUGGGAAAAAUGGAACAUUCACCUCUCAAGCCUGAUUAAUAACUUUUUUUAAAAAAUGUUUAUUUUGAUCUUCGAUGUAUCAACCCUCAUGAACAGCUUAAUAUCAAGUGGUGUGAACUUUACUCCUAUUCUUGUAUAUAUAUCACACUACUUGAUUUGAUAGCAUAGAAGAGUUUCUGUGUAAAUCUCUUUAUAUCCGGCUCUGUAUGCUGCUUUGAUAACAAAGCUACUCUGGAACUUAAGUUCUACCUUAACUUUUAGUUGUCAACCUGCUUUACUUUA